AUGCACUUGUUUAUUUAUGCUGACUAUGUGAAAAUAUUGGGUCUUGUAGUGUCUACUUUGAGUAGUGGACUAGUUAUUGAUACUCCAAUAAAUGGGUCAGUGAAUACUUCUUUAAUCUGCUUAAGUUGUCCUCUGUCAAUAUAUGGUAGAUACUUUGGUGUGGACUUAACUUGUAUGCCACUAAGUGAUCUUGAUGUCAUUAUGGGGAUGAUCUGGUUGGAAUUCAGCCAUGUUCAUAUCAAUUUCUACAACAAGUCAGUACGAUUUCUUGCUCCUGACAAUAAAGAAGAAACUAGUUUCAUAUAUGCUGGUCAAUUGGAAGAGUUGUUGAAAUAUGAAGCUAAAGUGUUUGUAAUGUUUGCUUCAUUUUCUGUUGAGAGUCAAACAAUAGUUAAAGGGUUAUCAAUGGUAUGUGAAAUUCUAGAGGUGUUUCCAGAUGAUAUUUCAAAUUUACCGCCAAAGAGAGAUAUGGAGUUUGCUAUUGAUCUUGUUCCUAGUACUAGCCCUGUUUAUAUGGCACCAUACAGAAUGUCAGAAUCAGAGUUGGGAGAACUGGAGUAUCAGUUGGGAGACUUACUUGAAAAGAAAUUUAUUAGACCAAGUGUGUCACUAUGGAGAGCUCCAGUGUUGUUGGUAAAGAAAAAGGAUGGUAGUAUGCAACUAUAUGUUGAUUAUCGAUAG